UACGAAACUACAUGAGACCCCAAAAGUCUUUAUGCUACGUCCACCGGAAUACUUGCAGACUUGUGGUACUAAACCAUACUAGACUCGUAAUUUUCUCAUGUGCGGUCGAUCUGUCAGUGGUUAUACUGUGAUUUAUACGUUGAAGAACUCUGCUGCUUUCAGGCUUUGAUAUUUCCUGUUAAUUGGUUAUUUCAUAUUACGGUAUUAACUUUCUUGCUUUGAUAAUAUAUAGAUCAAAGCUAAUAUGUUCGUUGCAAAUCAAUACUAAUCUCGGCUUAGUUACAGAAGUUACAGACAUCAGGACAUGGCCUAACAAACACAAUGGUCUGAGAGUGGGCUGCCAUAAUACAGUAAUACAAGUGUGGACUGGCAUCAUAGUACAGUAGUACUGAUACCAGUAGCUCACAGCUUCAAUCCAACUCCACGCAACAACUAUUGUUUCCAUUAUGAUGAAUGAUUGAUUGUGAAUGAUUCAUUACUAAUGAUUCAAUCUUUGAUCAUUUUUUCUGAAUAUGUUUAUUGUUGUAAAAUAUUCUAUGUUUCUCCAAACAUGUAGGCUGUUUUGCUGUUUACAGUUUGUGUAACUUGUCUUUCGAAUCUUAUUUCUCUCUUCAUAAGCAUUGAAUCAAACAGUACAUCGAAAUGACUGAUUGGAAAGAUAUUGAACAACUGCAGUUAGACCUGAAAAGGGCGCAGGAAUCUACGACAGUUCAAAAAUUGUCAGAAAGAAAUUGUAUCGAGAUAUUACUCAAGUUGCAAGAAAUGAAAUUACUGGAUGUGAUUCACACAAUGGAUGGAAAAGAAUACUUGACACCUUCUCAGCUAACUCAAGAAAUCAAAAAUGAACUGUACAUUCAUGGUGGACUGGUCAGCUUAGUCGAGUUGCAAAGUCUUCUUAAUAUAGAUUUUUCCUAUAUUGAAUCAAAAGCGAAUGAGAUUGCUUCUUCCAGCAAUUCCAUCUUUCUUGUAUUGGGUAAGCUUCUGGACAAGGCUUAUUUGGACAACAUUGCGGAAGAAAUAAAUGAUACAUUGCAAUCAAUUGGCCAAGUGAAGAUAGCGGAUUUGUGCAAAAGUUAUGAUUUGCCUGGUGAAUUUCUCAUUGCAGAAUUAGUCAACCGUCUUGGCACAAUUAUUGAUGGUCGUUUGGAUGAAAAUAACAAGGAUGCUAUAUUCACAGAAGCCUUCAUAAGCAGACAUAAGUGUAAGAUACGUGGCAUUCUCACAGCAAUUUCACGACCCACUUCUCUCCAACCUAUUUUGGGAGAAUGCAAAAUGUCAUCAAAACUGUUUUAUGCUAUUAUUGAUGAACUUCUUGCAGAAAAUCGUAUUCAUGGAGAUUUUGUGGGGAAGCGUUCAGAUAAGUCUACUUUUCUUCCAGAAAUGUAUGUUAAAACGCAGAAUCAAUGCAUUGAUAAUUUUUAUCAGCAGAAUGGAUAUCUUGAAUACGAUAUGCUGACAAAAAUGGGAAUCGGUGAUGCAAAAUCAUAUAUUCGUAGACGCUUCAAUGAUACUAUUUCUCUUAACACUGUAUGUGUUGGAUCAACAAUAGUCAGUCUCAUCGCAGCUACUGUCGAUGAGACUCUCUCAACCAAUAGUUGGGUGGAUGUGCAACCUAUUCUUCCCUCACCUUUCACAGAUGCAGAUUCUACACAAUUAUUACAGCAUGUUCUCAAAGAUCACAAAAGUGAUAAGAAAGAAAUAGGUUUGGUGGUCGAUUCCAUAUUUGCAUCUGUUGCAUUUGAAGAGAAAUGUAAAUCACUUUUUGAUCCUAUUCUCAAGGAAAGAGCUGAGAUUGCUGCAAAAGAUGCAACUGUUUUUGCUUUAACAGAAGAAGAAAUGGAAUUGUAUUCUUUUCAAAUGAGUGGCAGAAAACAACCUGAUGCCAAGGAGACUGUAGAAAAGUCUAACAUUGUGCCAGACAGUGGAAGAAAAAAACGUGAGAAAGGAUCUGGUGGAUCUGGUAUAGGUGGAAGGGAGGUAAAGACAAGAGGAAAAGAUAAAAAAAGAUUGAAGAAACAACGAGAAUUGGAAGCUUCUUUGGGUGAAGCAGAAUCAAUCAAAAAACAUACAACUUCAUCUGAAAUCGAGUUCAUGAAUGUCAGUGAACUGACACAGUUUUUGACGGACAGUGUUGAAGGACAUUGUCCGGAAGCACUUCUUGAAACCAUUGCGAUACGCUUGCACAGACCACUCACCAAAACUUUCCAAGAAAUGUCUAAAUCUGUUUUUCAGUUUACAAUAUCGCAGAAAAAGAAUAAAAAAGGUAAUCAGGAACAUAGUGAUGCUCCAGUUGUCAGUUCAUCAAACAAAAAAUCAAGAAAAGCAUAUGAGGAAGAAAUCAAUACAUUGUUAGCAAAUAUAAAUUUGUUCGUGGCAGCAUUUGAAUAUUUUGGAGAUGAGAUUUCAAUUCUUUUACGCCGAAAUCUACUUCACACUCUAUGCACUGAUCUGGUGAACGCUUUGUUCAAUAUGAUCGGCACAGAAUAUUUAACAGGCCUAGAUGAGAAAAGCCAAAUUACUCCUGAAAUCAGAAUAAAGAUUUUAACAAGACUGCCAGAGGAAUAUCACACUCCUUUGAAAACACUUCAUCAAGCUUUAACUGGAAAAAGCUUGGAAGACUUCAACUCCGCUCUAAUAAAAGCCUGUUCUAAUGAUGUUUGUGAUGUUUUGCUAAAGAAAUUAGAUAAAAAAAGAGAACGGCAGAUAUUGCAUGGAUAUAAAAUGUCUCUUAUGCAACAGCUUGAACAGGACAAAGACCCUGCUACAUCUCUUCAUCUUGCUGUUGCCAUAAUCUUCCAAAGUUUGACUGGAAAAAUGCUCCAUAUCCCUGGGAAAUGUGUCCCACAUAUCAUAUUGUUUUUGAGGAGCCACAUAACUCAAGCAGCUUAUGAAAAUCUUACAGACUUUCAAGCGAUAGUGAUACAGAGCUUGGAUGGUUCAGUGAGCCAAUCUGAUAUUGAAAUUGAAUUGUCAAAAUUAAGAGAAUUAGUGGUCAAUACUAAAAGGAAACCUACAGAACAAUAACAAACUAAAAAGUGUUAAUAACAGUUUUUCUGGAAUGGUGAAUCAUAAUUUUGAAUAUUUUUGGCAUCUUAUAUUUGUUAUUAUAAAUGUUAAUAGGACUACAGUACAGAGGAUUUAUAUAUAUGUCCAGAUGUCCACUGAAUCUAGUUUGUUACAUAAAAAUGGUGAUCCUUCGUGUUCCACAUGUUGAUCUUGCAUACUAGAAUUUUUAUGAACAGAUAAUAGUUGCCCAUGGCAAUUUUUGUCAUAUAGCACCUAUUUUAUUACUUGCAUAUAGAUUCAUGCAGAGAUUUGUUGUUUGAAAUAUUUAAUUAAUACCACAUCUCAGAACUGGUGAUUGCAAUACUCGAAUUGAACAAAAUUAUGCCACUCCUCAAUAGGAUAUUAUUAUGUCAUUUUUUCUCACAUAAUUUGAAUAUGUUUUCAAGUUUGUUCGUCAGCAUCUCUUGGGAUUCCAGAAAAUGGAAUUUUUAUUUUUCAUUGCAGUGCAAUUUUAUUAUUCAGAAAUAUAUACAGAAUUCUGUUUGUUUGUAAUUAGAAGAUAUUUUAUAUACCGUAAAUAGCUAUUCUAUGAGGGUGAAGGUGAUUUAAAUACCACCGAAACUGAUAAAAUGCUCUAUAAUAUCCUCUACGUACAAACAAAACAGUAUUUAAUCUAAUGUAUUUUAUUUUUUGGGUGAAAAUACAUGUGAUAUAAUUUUAUUUUUGGUGUUUUACCAG